UUAAUAAAUACCUAUCUUCCAAGACUUAUCUUUUUCCUGUUCUCCUGUUCUCGUUCUCCCUACCCAGCGCGUUCCGUUGAUACCCUGUUUCUCUUUCUAACGGCCCCGCGACCCGGCAGCACGCGAUACUUGGACAGGACUCAGAAGAUUGCUAGAAAAGCAAUUGAAGCAUCAUGGCCUCGUUAAAGCCACAGAACAAGAUCGAGCUCUACUCGGGGAACUAUUUCGCAGCAUGCACAUUAGGAGGAAUAAUUGCGUGUGGACCUACGCAUACAAUGGUUACGCCGCUUGAUUUGGUAAAAUGCCGGCGCCAAGUCGACAGCAGCCUCUACAAAUCCAACACCUCAGCCUGGAAAUCAAUCUACGCCAAAGAAGGGAUCCGCGGCGUCUUCUUCGGCUGGUCGCCCACCUUCGUCGGCUACUCGCUGCAAGGCGCAGGCAAAUACGGCUUCUACGAGAUCUUCAAGUACUGGUACGGCGAGCAGCUUGCGCCCGGCGCGCCCAAGCAAAUCGUCUACCUCGCGGCAUCAGCCUCAGCAGAGUUCCUCGCCGACCUCGCCCUAUGCCCCCUCGAGGCCAUCAAGGUGCGCAUGCAGACCAGCGUGCCGCCGUUUGCGCAGACGCUACGCGAGGGCUGGGGCAAGGUUGUUGCGCAGGAGGGCGUGGGCGGGCUGUACAAGGGCUUGUAUCCGCUGUGGGCGCGGCAGAUCCCGUACACCAUGGUCAAGUUCGCCACGUUCGAGGAGACGGUUAACCAGAUCUAUAAGUUUAUCGGCAAGCCGAAGGAUCAGCUCAAUGGGCUGCAGCAGACGGGCGUGUCGUUCUUGGGGGGGUAUAUUGCGGGUAUUGGGUGUGCGGUUGUGAGCCAUCCGGCCGAUGUCAUGGUUUCGAAACUCAACAGCGAUCGAAAGGCGGGUGAGGGCGCGGGCCAGGCGCUCACCAGGAUCUACGGCAAGAUUGGGUUUGCGGGGCUGUGGAAUGGGCUGCCGACGAGGAUCUUUAUGAUUGGCACGUUGACGGCGUUCCAGUGGCUGAUUUACGACUCGUUCAAGGUCUCUCUGGGUCUGCCAACUUCGGGAGGUCACUAGGCGCGUUGCAUUGGAUGAACGGGAUUGAGAAUCCGCUGAACUGUCUCCAGGUUGGUGGGGGUGGAUUAGUGUUUACUCGUCUGUCUAAUUCCGAGCUUCAGCGUACGUCGAGAUGGAUUCUCGUAAACGGGGAUUCAAUGCUUGCUUGACUGGGCCAAGGUACGAAGAUAUGAGGCGGUUGGGUUCCUUUCUCUGGCGUCAACACGACCAUAACCUAUGUCUUACGAGAUGGCUAUCACUAAUCAAAUAUUUAAAUCA